AUGAAGGGGCUAUGUCCCGACUGCCAGGAGUACUACAGAGAGUAUUAUGAAGCAAUGCGUACGUCCAGCGAGCCAGAGGCCCCAGUCCCUGAAAGUCAAGCGGUCGACAUCUGCAAACCCGUUGAGGAGAAACUAGAGUGUCAAUCCGGUAUUUCGGUUCCUGAAGGUCACGAUGUCAGCAUCGGGAGGGAAACUGAGGAACCAAAGUGUCAAGCCGAUAAUCCCGUCCCGGAGACUGCGGAGGUCGACAUCCCCAACCACAUUAAGGAACCAAAGUGUCACUUGGGGAUUCCAGUCCCUAAACGUCAGGGAACUAAAGCCUGCAGCGACAUCGAGGAACCAAGGCGUCCCACCGGUAUUCCAACCCCUAGACGUCAGGAAGUGAAAGCCCGCAGCGAGGUAGAUAAGAAAGCAAGGUACCAGUCUGGUCUCCCAGUUCCCAAGAACCAGGAAGCCAAAAUAUGCAACCAAGUGGAUGAGAAGCCAAAGCGCCAGACUAGCAUCCCAUUCCCUAGGAAACAGGAAGUCAAGCCAAGCAACGAGGUGGGUAAGAAACCAAGGGUUCAGUCUGGUAUCCCACUCCCUAGGAAACGAGAGGUCAAAACACACAACAAGCCUGCUCCGGACUCAAAGAACGCUGAGAAGUCCGAGCCUUCUGACGAGGGUUUAUUCGAUAGAAUCACUUUCUGA